CUCCAACGCCCCGCAAUGACACACCGCGCCACGCAUAACUUCGUAGGUGUUUCACUGGGGCGCCAGCUGGAACAGCUGUAGGUAAGUAGGUAGGUAGCCGUCAGCAGAAAGUCGCUUGAGUCGACAGCCGCUAGUCGUCAGUAGAGAAGUCAGUCGGUAUCAAUCGCGAAUCGGAGUUAGUUGUGCGCGCUGCGAGAAAGAUCGUCGAGACGAGACUCUUACUCCAACCACUUGAUCACUCACUCAUUCACUUGAUUAACCAACGCUAAGCGUUUCCACGCAGACACUGUACUCCAAACCACAUUACACACCACUCAAUAGUCUGACGCUUCUGUCAGACAACUGGCGAAAAGUCGAACAAACGUGCAAUUUGCUUCGAAUUGUGGCGCGCAAGCCGGAUUCCACCGGUCAACGGACAUUCUCACAGUGAAUUUUAUGUUUCAACAAAACAAAAAGCACCGGGCACACUAUUAUUUCGCAUACAAUAAUUAAAAUCGGCUUUUGUUGCCACGCGCAUCGGUGACUCGAAAAUCUACACACUUGUUAAUGUGUUUGUGAAAUACUACCUCAAUACGAAUACGACAAAAAGCGAGGAUCACUCAGCUCCAGAACGAAUUAACCGUAAGUAGUUUUCAUACGGCGGCAUUGGCAAAUGAAAACAUUUGUGAAUAAAACUAAAUGCAAAUCGAUCGUCGUGUAAAACACUUGAAAAUAAUAAAUCACAUUAAUUCAUCAAAAUAUUUGCCUGCAUACCGUCGCUCCAGUGAUUAGUGAAACGUGGUGUAAUGCAUACAAACUGUUUCGCUUAAUAUGUGCAUUAGAGUCGCUGGGGACAACAGAUUGGCGCAUUGUUUCGCAUUUCGCAUUUUCCAAUGAAACAGUGAAUUCCCAUGAAGAAUUGUAAUUUGCAGCAGGUCAACAGCGUUGAGUUCUCUGACGUACACAUACAUAAUAGCUAACAUUCGUGUCCCGCAGUGCGGUAUUCGUCAUAACACGUCCGGAACAACCGUUAAUUGUUAAAGUGCAAGUCGUUUACCUUUCAGUAUCAAAAGCGCUCGAAACAAACGUAUAACUGUGUAAAGUACAUUUGUUAUUGGGUUUUUAUAAAGCAACAACAACUAUUAACUAACUUUUGUGGUAAAGGUUUGAGGAUUUUACCAAAAGAAAUAAACUACACAGAAAAUAAACAAUAAAAGUACAAGCACACAUAUCGUGUAUACAAGUGUAUAUUGUACAUACAUAUGUAUAUAUUAAUUGCAUACAUAUUAACACACAUGCGCGUAUUUACAAAGUCAACACAAGAAGAUCAGCUGCGAAAGUUUUGCUCGCGUUGUCUGGUGUGAAGAAGUAAAAGACGAUCGUGACUCAGACUGUUUCCCAACGUUGAUUGGUGGACAGAUCGCACAUUUCCGCUUGCCAUACAAAAGAAUAGAAACCACAAAAUAACAUAAAAAUGGAUUAUAUUGUUAAAGCAUACAAAGAUUGGAAACUCCACUCUCAGUUCCAUGAGAUCGUACCCGAUAUGGAUGAUGCCGAUUACAUGAUGUUUAACGAGAAGCAAUCCAUUCGCGAAUCUGCGCGUUCACUCAAAAAAUAUGGUAGCACCUGCUAUAAUCAUAACAUAAGGAACAACGAGACACUCAUACGACAUGACGUGGAAAAGACAGAUACACUCCAGGGCAUUGCGCUAAGAUAUGGAUGUUCGACGGAACAGAUACGACGCGCUAAUCGGCUCUUCGCCUCAGACAGUCUAUUCUUGCGUCAGUUUUUGCUAAUCCCAGUGGACAAAUCGUCGCCGUACUAUCCCAAAGCGGAUGAAAAUAAUCCAUUAGAAAUUAGUUCCAACAACACUGUGCUGCAAAAUAAUAUAAAUUCGCAAAAUAUUGUAAAUUCUGUAAAUGCAACAAAUGCGAGUAAUCCAACUGCUGAUCCACUUGGGGUAUUCGCAGCACCAACCAGCUGCCUUGACUCAGCAAAUAAUCCACGUCCAUCCACGUUGCCAACUCGUCCAUACUCAAUCGCCGGUGAAUUAUUAGUGCAAAGCAGCGACGAUGAUGUCACGCUAAACAAUCACAGCAGCAGCAGUAAUAAGCAGAGCAAAUCGCUUGACUCUGUGGUGGCUAUGACGCCGGAGGAGGAAAAUCGUAAAUCCAUAAACGAGUUUUUGAGCAAAAUCGAUUCAACUAUCUCGGAGUCGAGAAAAUAUGUUGAGAAAUCCAAAGAAAUGAUUACUAGCCAGAGUGACAACGAUCUGUUUGUUACCACCGAUUUUGUACAGCACAGGCGUAACAAUCACUUGAAUAAUUCUUACAAAACGAAUCGGCAAAAUCAAUCAAACCACCAACGGCACAGUUCUUCAGGCAGCACCUCGGACACAGCGCAGCUAUUGAAUACCACGCAAACACGACACGUGCAAAAGUCACUGAAGCGACUAGAAAAACAGCAGGAUGAAUUCUUCGAAUUGUAGCACACACACAAGAAACACAUCACUUCUCUGCGAUCCACUGAAUGCCCAUUAUAGAAAUUUUAAUAUUAGUUUUAAUGAAAUUUAAAAAAUACUAUACUAUAUAGCUAUCGUGAAUAAUUAUGGCAGCAAAAAUUAACAUAGACAUGUAUCCUUAUUACUAAGAGUAAAACGCAAAUAUUUUAUACUAUAUACACAUACAAAUGUAGGAUGGAAAUUUGUUUGAAAGUUGGAAAUUAUGCUGAAAAUAUUAUAUUAUUUAACAAAAAUGACAUAAAACAACCUCAAGUAAAGGCCAAUGUGCAAAAUGUAAAAUUUUAAAAUAGUUUGCUGACAAUUUUAAACUAUUUAUGCACUAUAAACUACGUUCUUAUUUGAAUACAAAUGUGAAUAAAAUAUCAAAUGUUUUCGCAUUUACACACUCACACAUACACACUCAACUGAUGUUACUUAAUGCACUUGAAUGCCAACACAGCCACGGGCAGUUAAACAGAAACUCUGUGAAAUUAUGAUAAAUAGUAAAUAUAUAUAUAAAUAAUAUAAAAUUUUAAUUUUUUUUAAGGUGUAAACAUUUGUACUGCGUGAAGUUUUGAAUAGUUAACGCUACAUAUAUUAAAUAAGUUGAACUGUUUAAAGUGCAGAUACUAUGUAUGUAAAUAUGUAUUUGUGCAUGCAAUCUACUGAUCUACUGACAUACAUAUGUGUAUAUAAAAUAUUUAUGAAUUACAUAUUUUCAUUUCGUAUUUCGUAUUUGGUAUUUAUAAUUAUAUUUGGUUAACAUAUACACAUAUAUUUUUGUUUAUAAAUCUUACGGCUUUAAUUUCGAUUGGAGCUUUGACGUUUUUCUAUUCAUUUUUUUCCGAUCAGUUAUAAUACUGAGCGUAUGAGUAUUAUAAUAAUAUGAAAUUUUAUUUGAAAACAAUUAAUUAUUGGUCUUUUUUUCAAAUUUUCAAAGUCUUCAAAUGGUUUAGUAACCGGAAUUUAAUUAGACUGCUGAAUGAAAAUUAUCUCUGUUUGCGAUAUACAUAUGUAUAUUUAAAAAUGGUAAUCGCUGUAAAACAAUUAAUUUUUGAAAAUGUAUUUGUUAGUGGUUGACCUCGAGGACAGUUCUUUAAUCAUAACACACAUUCAAGUUAAGUUGUGUACUUAAUUGGGCAACCUUUACAUUUUCUUCUGAAUUUUUUGAAUUUGCCACAGUUUUUAUUAAGGUGCACACUUAAAAAAAUAUUUUUCUUUUCUACAGGCAUCAAAAGCGUAGCCCAUAGUAUCACAUUUUUAUGUAUUUAGUUCUCUUGUCAAUUUUUAAUUUCUGUUCGACGCACAUUAUCUUAAAUAAAAUUUAUUUUAAAAUUUUGAAAAUAUAAAAAACUUAA